CGCCAUCUUGCUGGUUUGCGGCCAGUCUUGGAUGUAGCAGCAGCAGUGGGGAAGGGUGGGGUGAGGGGGCGAGGCCGCGGCGAGGGCGGCGAAACUCUCCUCCCCUUGGCCCCACCGCGUGGAACGGCGUGAACGCGGUGUCGGAGGGAUGUCCGCCUUCUCUGAGGCGGCGCUGGAGAAGAAGCUGUCGGAGUUGAGCAACUCGCAGCAGAGCGUGCAGACCUUGUCCCUGUGGCUCAUCCACCACCGCAAGCACUCGCGGCCCAUCGUCACAGUGUGGGAGCGGGAGCUGCGUAAAGCCAAACCAAACAGGAAGCUUACUUUUCUCUACCUAGCCAAUGAUGUCAUUCAGAACAGCAAAAGGAAGGGGCCGGAGUUUACAAAAGAUUUUGCACCAGUUAUAGUGGAGGCUUUUAAGCAUGUUUCAAGUGAAACUGAUGAAAGUUGUAAGAAGCACCUUGGAAGAGUGUUAUCUAUUUGGGAAGAAAGAUCUGUUUAUGAAAAUGAUGUAUUAGAACAACUUAAGCAAGCUCUGUAUGGUGAUAAGAAGCCUAGGAAGCGAACUUAUGAACAGAUAAAGGUGGAUGAAAAUGAAAACUGUUCCUCUCUGGGAUCUCCAAGUGAACCACCACAGACUCUGGAUCUCGUUAGAGCACUACAAGAUCUGGAAAAUGCGGCUUCAGGUGACGCAGCAGUUCGUCAGAGGAUAGCUUCCUUGCCUGUCGAAGUUCAGGAAGUGUCCCUACUAGACAAAAUAACAGAUAAAGAAUCUGGAGAAAGGCUUUCUAAGAUGGUAGAGGAUGCGUGUAUGUUGCUGGCAGAUUACAAUGGCAGAUUGGCGGCUGAAAUAGAUGAUAGGAAGCAACUCACUCGAAUGUUAGCAGAUUUUCUUCGUUGUCAAAAGGAAGCCCUUGCAGAGAAAGAGCAUAAAUUGGAAGUGUUGGACAUGGGCGUAUCUUCUAACGAUGUCAUCAUCAUUAGCAUAUUCUUCCUGCUAAAAAUAAAUAUCAAACUCCAAAGCCUGUAUUGUCUCAUGUUUUUGAAAAUUGUAAAGAAGACCGGAACUUUGUUAUUCUACUUUAUACUGCUUUCUCACUUAAGUUGGUUAUCACUGAUUACAAAAAUAGAGUUUUGUGUUUGAAAUGUAAGUGUAGAAAAAAAAUCAGAUACUACUCCCAACCCCCUCUUUUCCCAGUGCUUUCCAGCCAGAUUUCAUAGUUGAUAGUUACAGGUGGUGAGACUGACAGUAAUAAUAUUUACCAUGUGUUAGGUACUGUUCUGAGCACUUCACAUACAUCAGCUCAUUUAAUCAUGUAUGGCAGGAAAUAUUAUUAUCCCCAUUUUACACAUAAGGAAACCGAGGCACAGGCAGAUUAAGUAACUCGCCCAGGGUCACAAAGAGGUAGUAAAUUGUUUAGAACCCAGGGAAUCUGCCACCGAAAGUGCGUAAUUUGCUUCCAAGUUUUACUUAAGGCAAUGUAAGGUGACAGCAAAAGCUAAAGCACUCUCUCUCCAACUCUUUCUACUUACCCCCUCCUCACAGUCACUGUUUUGAAGUAAAGUGUUCUAGGAACUUUCUUCAUUGUUUUAGCAUGACUAGAUUUUAUCAUAGGAAGAAACCACUUAAAUUAUGUUAAAUGUUUUUUACAUAUAAAGAAAUACUUAAGAUUUCUAAUAAACCAGGAAGUUAUUCCACAGAACUCUUUGUAAAUUAUCAUUUAUAAUUAAGCGAUUCCUUUGUCAGAAGAUAUGAAAAUGCUUUGAGAUAUUUAGACAUUUUUUUUUGUACCAAGUAGGUGGCAUGACUUUGAAGUUGAGGCCGAGAUGUCAAGAUUUUUACUUACCAUAUCAGCUGUGAUAUCAUCAAAUAGUUUUCAGUUACUGUGCACCUUUGAACAUGAACUGUGAUUGCCAUGUAGUAAGGUGUCAUUAAUUGCUCUCUUUGUUGUUGUUGAAAAUGGGACUUGAAGUUAAAGUAUCAGUUCAGGAAUUGGCUAUUUCAUAUUUCUUAAAGAGGCCGCUAUUAAAGCAUUUGUGAUAAAUGAAAACAUGAAGGUUUAAAAAAACUUCGGAAAUUAUGAAUCAUCAUUUUUUAAACUUGUGACUAGCUGGUUAUUAAACAGAUAACUUAAAACAGACAAUGUCUAAUUUAUAUUUAUAAAAUCUGUUUUAUAGAUUGCUGUAGGAAUCAUUUAUUCAGAAGUCGAAAUUAUUGCAUAAACUAUUGUUCACCCAGCUUAUUAUCUUGGAGGGCAUUUAUGGAUAGGGGAAUUAAAAUGACAUUUUGAUUUUUAUGUUUUUGGAGAGAGGGCAAAAUAGAGAUCAGAACUGUUCCAUAUUCAAUGAGAUUAUGUCUUACCUUUGUUGCUCUAUUUUGAAUACUUCUUUUUCAUGGUACAGUUGGUAUAGGGAAACAUGCUUUUAUAAAAUCCGUUUAUCUUGUAGUACAUUCAUCUAUUUUAAAUUGCUAGACUUCCAUAGAAAAUUGAUUUUCUAGUCUAUGGAAUAGAUUUCCAUGGAAAAUUGAAAAUCACAAUUUGAGGGCUCUUAAAGGGAGAAAUCAAAUCAUAGUUCCAAGUUCUAGAAGUCAGGAUAGGAAAGCUGUCAGAGAGGAAAGUGUUUAUCUUUUGCAGACUUACGUCAGUCUAUUUAGGUUUACUUUUUUUACGUCAGUCUAUUUAGGUUUACUUUAUUUAAAAAAUGAGGACGUAUUAUUCAUUGUAUGAAUAUUUAUUUAAGUCUGUCUGUCUUCUCAUGAUGUCAGAUUGCAUCCAUUGAGUUACUUUUAUUAGUUUUGUGCAUUAUAGGUAGUACUACAGAAAACAUCCUGGUGAUCCAGGUUUGUAUAGUUGUGCAAGUACAUCUGCAGGAUUGGUUCUUAGAAGUGAAAUAGAAUAGCGGGGUCAAAGGAAAUGUAUGUUUAAGUGUUGAGAGUGUACUCAAGCCCUGUGUUUUUAAGCACCUUGCAGUGUGAGUGCAUCUUUUCCUAUGCAGCAUUGCCCACAUUGAAUGUCAGUGAUCUUUAAGUUUUUGCAUAUCUAAUAGGCUAAAAAUUAUUCUUUUUUCCACUCAGAUUGGUCAUCUUCAAAAAAUAUUUAUUAGACUUUUUAUUUCUGCUGCGAAUUCCCUAUGUAGUUGACUGCUUUUCUAUUUGGUUUUGUUUGUGUAUUAAUAUUUGUCUUUGCCUUUUUAGAUUCUGGGCUUUCUGGACAUAGUUAAGAUGGCCUUCUCAAUUCCUAACUAUAAAAGUACUAUGCUAUUUUUUUGUAGGCUAUUUUUCCCCAAUAAUUUUAUUCAUUAGAACUUUUUGUUCGUGGUAUGUAUGAUGUAGGCAUCUCACUAAUUGUUUGAAAGUGAUAGGAAAUGUCCCCAUCUCAUUUAUUGAUUAAUAAUUAGUGGGAAUGCAGUUAUUUAUUCCACUGGCCCAUUUGUUUUACCCACUGUUAAUUAUGCAUUAGGUUUUUGUUUGUGUUACUUUUUGGUGUUGUUCAUGUCUGUAAUUUUAACUAAUCAUGAUUACCGUGUAUAAAUUUUUUACUUCUCAAUUAUUAUUUAUACACAUUUGCCUUCAUAUGUAAUAUUUUAAAUGACAACAUUUUGCUAAGUAGACAUUUCUUAAUUUUCUUGGCCUUUUCCCUGUUUUUGGACAUACUGUUUGCUUUUGUUGUCUGUCCUUUAUCUGCUAGACAGUAUUUUCCAGGUUUUUCAGGAGAGCUUACUUUUAUAAAACUUUUUGUUUUCCAAAAAGUUUAAUUUCCGUUUUUUUAAAUGCUUAAGAUAAAUUUGUUUUGCCUAAGACAUUUAAUGAAAUUCCUGUGUCACACUCUAUUAAUGUAGGAAAUAAUGUUUUAAAUAUAUAGCACUGAAAAUGCAGAUUUAAAAAUCUGUUGCUGAAGGUGUUAUCUGCAUGUAGCUUUUUGAUGAUUAUCAUCAAAUUAUAAAUAUUAUUCAAGGGCGUAUGUAAGAAGUAUAUGGAACUGACUAUGGAAUCUUUCAUCUGUGAUUCAGUUAUUUCUUUACAUUUUACUCUGUUUUCCAUUGAAACCAUAUUGUUUAAAUUUAGAGGUAAUUUGAUAAGAUGGAGCUAUGUGGAUUUUUCAAAGAAGCAAAUGUUACUAGUUUCUUAAUGGUUUCUAACAUUAUUUUUUGAGAUCUAAAUAUUAUUAAGUCUAAAAUUUUUUAUGGUUAAUUUAGCCAUUUUCCAAGAACCAUGUAAAUCUUUUAAUUAUUUUGAUUGAUUAUGCAAGUAAUCUAUUUUCAUUGUAGCAAAAAAGCUACAUAAGCAAAAGGCUAGGCCUAUGUACUGGCUCCGUGUAUUAUUUUGUAUAUUGUCCUUUUCAUGUAAUAUAUUAUGUGUGUUUUAUCAUGUCACUAUUUUCCUUUUUAAUGUAUGGAUGUAUCAUAAUUUAACUACUGUAUGUUCUUAUGACUAUUUGUUUCCGUUGCUUUGCUCUUAUAAACAGUAUUGCAGUGACAUCUCUAGUUAACUCUUUUACUCACAUAUAUCAUCUCUUGUGAUAAGUUCCUAAAGAUGAAAUUGCUGAUUCAUGUUAAAGACUUGAUACAUGUUACCAAUCUGACUUUCAGUAAGAUUGUACUAAAUCAUUGUCUUUGAUGAUUCCUAAAUAUUAUCUAUAUGUCUUCUCAGCCAUUCUCUCCAGAGAAAAUGCAUCACAUUUGCUGGGUAGAUAACAUAGGGCCUCUGUUUUCAGAACUGUGCCUUACCUCUAAUCUGUGUGAUUUGGAUCUCCAAAUGCAGAUAUUUGGCUUAGUUUCUUAUCCCUCAUCUUUUGGCUCUGUGGGAUAAGUGUUUUAAGAGAUUGAUGUAAAGAUUUUUAAUUGAUCCUUAUUGUCAGCCUUAAGACUCAGCAUUACAUUUCAAGGAGCUUGGUUAUCUCAAAGUCCUGAGCCUGUCCAGACUUCCUCAGAUGAAUUGCAUUACUUUUGAUCAUUAUCCCUUCUUUCAGUUUUUUCCAUCUUCCAAAAGUUUCCUGACAUCUGUGUACUGUGGUUGCCUCAUCUCCAUUUUCGUGGGUUUAUGCCUUUAUAAAUUGCUUUAUUAUUUUAGUGGCUUUUUGGGAGAGAGUGGAGAUAAACGUGAGUUCAAUUUGUCAUAUAAAUGAAAGGCCUUUUGUGUCUAAAUAAAUAGAACUAUAAUAUAUAUGUUUCAUAACUCCUGCCAAAUCACGCUUAUCUAAGUGGAUGUCAUUCAUGGCCUGGAUUGUUAACAACUGAUCUUCCUUUUCCCUCUCUUAACCCCCUACAUCACUGCAGCCAGAUUGAUCUUUUAAGAAGAAAUCAGGUGUCAUCAUACUUUGUUUAAAAAAAAAAAAGAUUCUCCAGUGCUUCCCUGUACACUUUUGGAUCUUAUUUUAAACUCCAUAUAUGGCUUUGAGCUCACUAGUCAUGAGUCUCCAUUUAACCUCAUCUUGUACCAUCUCACAGGCCUGCAUUUUGUUCUUAAAGCAGUGAAGCAUGUUCUCACAUCAGGGUUUUUGUUUUGCUAAUUGCUGACAGAGUGGCUGGGAUGCUCUUUCCUGAGCUUUUCUCGGUUCCUUUUUUCAUUCAGGUUUAUGUUGCUGUGUCACCUCUUUUCCAUUCAUUUGGUUCCACUGACCCUUUGUCCUGCCCCCCUUCCUCCUGUCCCCUCCCUC